UCUCUCUCUCUCUCUCUCUCUCUCUCUCUCCGCCCAUGAAAAAUAAAGGAAUUUAAAUAAAAAUAAGAAAGAGAAAAUGGGUAUUCAAAAUCUCCUCAGAUUCAUGAAACCUUUCAUUGAAUCCAUCCACAUUAAAAAAUACGCUGGCAAACGCGUUGGGAUCGAUGCGUAUUCAUGGCUUCACAAAGGAGCUUAUUCUUGCAGCAUGGAGCUCUGUCUCAGCUCUGGUGGCGACGCAGCAUCUCGCUAUUUGCAAUAUUUCAUGCAUCGGAUCAAUCUGCUCCGGCACCACAAGAUUACUCCAGUUGUUGUUUUUGAUGGUGGAAACUUACCUUGUAAGUCGGUCACUGAAGAUGAGCGGCAGAGGCAAAGGAAUGCUAAUCUUACUUUGGCAAAGGAGAAGCUUGCUCAAGGCAAUACCAGCGCUGCAAUCGAAUUCUUCCAGAGAGCAGUGUGUAUUACGACAUCCAUGGCAUAUCAGUUGAUUCAGAUUUUGAGAUCAGAGAGUGUUGAAUUUAUAGUUGCUCCCUACGAGGCUGAUGCACAAUUAGCCUACUUGUCGACAUUGAAUGAAGAGCAAGGAGGAAUUGCAGCUGUUAUAACCGAAGAUAGUGAUCUCAUGGCCUAUGGUUGUCAAGCUAUUAUCUUUAAAAUGGAUCGAUAUGGUAAUGGUGAAGAGGUUGUGCUUGAUAAGGUGUUUAAUUCUGUGAUUGGUGGACUUUCUUUCAAGUGUUUCGAUCAAGAAUUGUUUGCUGGUAUGUGUGUUUUAGCUGGUUGUGAUUUCCUUCCCUCAGUUCCUGGCAUUGGAACUAAACGAGCUUAUUCUCUUGUUUCAAAGUACAGGAACUUAGAUAGGGUUCUAUCAGUGAUGAAAUAUGAGAAAGGCAAACUAGUGCCAGAAGAUUAUUCCAAGUCCUUCAUGGAAGCUGUUGCAGUGUUUCACCAUGCUCGGAUAUAUGACGCCAACGAUAAAAUGCUCAAACCCAUGAAACCUCUACCACCGAAGCUUCUGCAAUCUCUAGAUGGCAAUCUCGAUUUCCUUGGACCAGAUCUCCCUCCAUCAGUAGCAACUGCCAUUGCUCAAGGUCGUGUGGACCCCAUUACCAUGGAAGCUUAUGAUUACUUACCCACAAUCCAAUUUUGCAAUGAUCAUGUCAGCACUAAAGCUUCUGAUUACCUUCCUAGAGCCAAGACUCAGGUGACAUCCAUGCAGCAGAGUUGCUUCACCAUCUUCUCAGCUAAUGAAACCAGACAAGAAGAUAUUACAGUCAUGGAGCAGAAACCAACCAUAGAUGACAGAAAAUAUUUAAAUGAAGCCGUUGCUCUCAAGAAACUAAUUGCCCCACACAAAGACUGCUGCAAAUUAGAAGUGACAGAAGCAGAAAGAGUAGAGUUCCCCAAUAACAAUCCUUUCAACAAGAGAAAAAGGAAUGAUGACAGUCAGGAUUUGAAUGUGAGUGGAAUCGAACAAGUUUCAGAUGUUGAUGAGCCCGAUGCCCAAUGUAUAUCAACCGCAGAAUCUCUAGAAAGUGACAGCCACGAGGCUUCUGAUCACUUCCCCAGAGUCAAGACUCAGAUGAUUUCAAUGCAGCAGAGUUGCUUCCCCAUCUUCUCAAGUAGUGAAACCAGACAAGAAAAUAUUACAGGUACGGGUUUGCAAGAGACUACAAAUGAAGUCAUCACACUCAAGAAACUAAUCACCUCACCUGAGCACUGCCAUAAAUUAGAAGUGAUAGAAGUAGAAAGAAUAGAGUUUCCCAGUAACAAUCCUUUCAAGAAGAGAAAGCUGAAUGACAGCAAUUUGGGCUCGAAUGAGAGUGCAAUCGAACAAGUUUCAGUCGUGACGGAUCUCGAUGAUCCCGAUGUGCAAUGUAUUACGCCCCCAGAUUCUCAAGAGAGUGUCAAAUCUAAGCCUAGAAGAAGUGCGAAGCUUAGUACUGCGAAAAAUGAGAAGAGACUGAAAUCCAUGAGUAAGUGUAAGAAUUCAGAGAGCGAGAAAAGUGGAAUUUUGAAAUUCUUCACUCGCUUUUAAUCUUAGUAUUCAUUUAUUUAUGGUCGUUGGAUCAUUCUUGGUGGACCUGCGAGGAUUGCUAUCUUUUGGCCUUUGAGAUAGGGUCCAAGGAUUGAAUUCUGCAUUUUGACCGUGGUUUACGAUCAUCCCUUUGAUAGCAUUUUGACCUGAUGGUUGUAAGUAAUUGCUGAGAAGUGGGCAAAGUGUCCUGGAUAGAAGAUCAUAGCCUUUUUAAUCUUUGGCGUAUUUUCUGCUAAAUGUAGACCGUUGUUGCAUAGGGCCACUGAUCGAAGGGUUAAGAUCUUCCACUUGAUGAGAUUUUCUGGGGUAGACCUCAUGAGUUGUUAGGCUCUUUGGAUCGAUUGUCCAGACCAUCUGAUUGUGGGUCUUGCAUGUGUUUGACUCUUGAACUAUAUGUUUUCUGAGGUUUAAUAUGCCAGUAUUCCUUUUGUUUUACCUCA